CGGACAUGUUUUGUUUUUCACAUUUUUUGUUUAGCAGCCGGCUCAGAUCUGUUGUCCACGUUAAUUAAAGUUUUGUUGGGUAUAACUACUCUUUAAUUAUGCCAAAAAAUCAAAGCGGAGGGCAGCGCAAUGGUGGUCCUAAGAGGCGCCAACCGGCAGUGGCUCUGGACGAGGAUAAUCCCAUUAUUUUGGCUUUCACAAAGUAUUCCAACGAACUCACUCAGAAACACGACCGCCACGAGAGGAUUGUCAAGCUGAGCCGCGACAUUACCAUUGAAUCGAAGCGCAUUAUCUUCCUGCUGCACUCCAUCGACUCUCGGAAGCAGAACAAGGAGAAGGUCCUGGAGGAGGCGCGUCAGCGUCUGAACAAACUGAUUGAGGUGAACUUUCGAGCCGUGGCUCUGGAGCUGCGCGACCAGGAUGUCUAUCAGUUCCGGGCGGCCUACUCGCCGGGCCUGCAGGAGUUUAUUGAGGCGUACACCUACAUGGAGUAUCUGUGCAGCGAGGACUCGCAGAACGAGGUCAAGUGCGUGUCGGACUGGCAGGCUCUUCAAGCAGUGAUGCAGUACGUCGAGGAUGAGCCACCCAAGCCCAAGGAUGAAGACGGAAACGAAGUGGAUACUGCACUUUCCACUCCGGCGGAAGAGAGCCUCAAGAAGUUCCAGUUCUUUGUCGACCCAACCGAGUACGUUCUGGGUCUUUCCGAUCUUACGGGAGAACUGAUGCGUCGCUGCAUCAACUCCCUGGGCAGCGGUGACACGGACGCAUGCAUGGAGACCUGCAAGGCCCUGCAGCACUUUUACAAAGGGUACAUUAGCCUGAACUGCCAGCGAGCCCGUGAAUUGUGGCGCAAGAUCACUACCAUGCGGCAGAGCGUUUUGAAAGCCGAGAAUGUCUGCUACAAUGUGAAGGUUCGCGGCGGAGAGGCAGCCAAAUGGGGUGCAACUUUUGACCAGAAACCAGCCGACGAUGUCGACGAAGGCUUCUACUAAUUACUUUAUAAACUAUAUAGGUUUAUAAUAAUAAUAUAUUAAGUAAUUUGGUAUUUGAAACAACUUAUUCUAGAAUAUAGAUUAACAAUAAACCCAAUAGAUGGGAUGGAAUGGAACUUCA